GAGCAGAGAGAAGCAGCGUUGAAGUCGCGGAUCUUGGAGGGUUCUAUUUACCCAAAACUUCUUUUCAAAUGGGCCCCGUCGCCUAGCGUUUACUCCCCCAGCCUCGCUGACUGACUUGAAUCGCGUGCUACGGAACAUCAAGCACGACUGGACCAGUAAAAGGUUUCCAUCCAGUGUUCAGUGACCAAUAGUGGAAGAAUGGCAGCUAUUCCAGCAGGCGGGUCUCUCGUGGCGACCACUGACUACUACCGAAGGCGCAUCGGCUCGACGUCCAGCAGCAGUUCGUGUGGCAGUUCGGAGUACAGUGGAGAGGUCAUCCCCCACCAUCCAGGUCUCCCGAAGCAGGACUCGGGUCAUUGGUGGUCCAGUUUUUUCUUUGGGAAGCAGCCAGGGAUGACCCCGCUCACAGAGGAGGCACAACAGAAGGCGGGGGUCUCAGGGGUCUUGACCAAUGGGCAGAUCACGUGUGUCGCCCGGGAGAUGGUGAUGCAGAGGCAGGUGAGCGAGGGCAGCGACGCAGGGGGUCCCACAUCACCCUGAACCACCCAUACCCCCACCUGCCCCCCAGCACCCCAACACAGCACCCACAGGAGAGAACACCAUCGCCCAACGCUAGGUGACGGGAUGACAGCCCAUCCAACUACUUUUUUUUUUUUUUUUUUCCCCUUUUUUUAUAUUGUCUGUAGCAUAGGCUGCAUUUUUGGUAACCUCAUGUUUUUUAUUAACCGGCCAAAUGUUGAAAAAAGGAAAAAAAAAAAGUAUAGAUUUUGUAACAUUUGUACUGUUGUGUCACUGUUUACACAUGCUUUGGUUGAACAUGUCACACAUUGUGAUAUUAAUAAAGUAGACUUGUGCAGCCUGAUU